CCCUAACGCCAACAACGUGCCAUAAAGUUUACAUGAAAUGCAACAGCUGAUUUAGUCUGUGAAAAAUGCCAAAAUGUCCGAUGUCCGUUGAGGUUGCAUAGUUUUUCGAGGGUGUUUCAAUUUAAAACUGCACGUUUUUAUAAACUACUCACAAUUUUUGCAUAAAUAUGCUUCCCUCGUGAUAUAUUGGAAGUUUUAACACAUUCUGCUGACACAUUCUCUGCAUUUCCGCCCGCAUAAUCAUAGCAAAAGUUUUGUGAUUUUGUCGUUACAAAGUUUACGGAAGCGGGACAAUGGCAUCAUUUAGAAUUCACGAGGAUCAAGAAAAUACUGCGUUGGGUUUGAGAAAAGAUGCUGAUGUAUUCUCAGCCGCCACCCAGCGCCGCGCCCUCGGGGACCUCAGCCAGUUCGCCUGCCAUCAGAACCGAAAUAUAAAACAUGCAGGAAUGACGAAUGGGCCUUGCAAAGUUCAAGAUGAGAAUAGAACGGUGCGUCAGAUCAAAAAUGAAAAAAAAAUUGUACCCCUUGUGGCUCAAUUUCGCGCGUUCAGUGUGUACGAAGACAAACCUACAGAAACCGAGGUUAAAAAACGGGAGCCCACAUUUAAGCCUUUUGUAGCCAAGGAGAUCAGAAAGGACAACUUCUUUAGCAAUGCAGCAGAGAAUGUUAAGGCAUUAUGUGCACAGAUGGAAAAGAAAAAAGAACCAGAAGCUGUUCCAGUUAGACUUCCAUUGCAAGAAAAGAGAGAUAUUGAAAAAGAAAAUGUUGUGGAGUCGCCAAUGUCUGUUGUUGACUCGAGCAUCCUGUCCAUGUCAAUCUCAAAAAAUGAGAGCCAAAUCCGAGAAGAUGAUGAAGACACUACUACAGCGCAGACUGAUCGAGAGAUGUUCUUCCAUGUUAUAGAGUACAGAGAGGAUAUUUACGACCAUAUGAGGAAUAUUGAGGUAAAGAACAGAGCCAAUCCCCGCUACAUGCGCAAGCAGCCAUAUAUCACACACGUCACGAGGUCCAUUCUCGUGGACUGGCUGGUGGAAGUGUGUGACGAGUACGGGCAACAGAGCGAGACCCUGCACCUCGCCGUGUCGUACGUGGACCGCUUCCUGUCUUACAUGCGUGUAGUACGCACCAAACUGCAACUUGUGGGCACCGCAGCUACUUACAUUGCCUCGAAAUACGAAGAAGUAUAUCCACCAGAAGUGUCAGAGCUUGUGUACAUCACCGACGACACGUAUACCAAAAAAGAAGUGUUGCGCAUGGAGCGCCUGAUCCUCAAGGUGCUGUCGUACGAUCUCACCACGCCCACCGCUCUUGCCUUCCUGUCGCUCUUCUGCAUCACCAACAAAUACCCCAAGAAGAUCUUUUUCCUAGCUGCUUACAUAGCGGAGCUAUCGCUGCUAGAGGCGAAGCCGUACCUGCAGUUCAAGCCGUCGGUGAUCGCGGCGGCCGCGCUGGCCACGGCGCGGCACUGCCUGCUGUGCCGCCGACACGGCUGCCACGAGCGCGAGCAGGGCGACGACUCCGUGCACGAGGAAUGCGCUGCCGUCGCGUGGCCGGGCGAGCUCGUCGAAUUAGCGGGCUACUCGCUGCCCGAGCUCGGCGUGUGCGCGCGCGAGCUGAGUCGCACCCACGCGCACGCGCCUCUGCAGCCCUACCAAGCCAUCCCCGACAAGUACAAGAGCAACAAAUACGACGGAGUUUCGACAAUCGAAGCCAAGCCAAUGUUCCCCGUGGCGAAGUACCAGGCGCCCGCCGCCGCGCGCGCGCCGCUGCCCGAGCCCAAGGCGGGCUAACGUGACCACAAUACCAUCCUAGCCUAUAGCAUGCACAAUAUAGGGUGCGCCCGCACUGCAGAUAUUUACUGCGCGAUUUUUUCCCUCACAAUUGAGGAGUUGGUAAACAGAACCGGACUAGUCCACAAAAUUAAAUUUUAUUGGAUAGGGAAAUCAGACUACAAUUGCAUUUUUAAGAUCUUUAGUAUUGGAAUAAUCCGGUUUUGUUUGAAAACACACUUUUUGAGGCUAUAAAUAAUAACAGUGAUUGACGUAACGUUAGCGUUUGAGUUAAAAAGGACUAGUGCGGUUCUGUUCGCCAUCUCAUCAUCAUUCUGUGACACACACAUUGAGAAUAAAACUGACCCUAUCCAAAACCUAGAUUUUUUCAAUAUGACCAUUUAAAGAUUUACGUUUAGCAAUUGAGUAUACUUGUAAUGUGGCACUAGUGUCAUCUUAGGUCAUAAAAUUUAUCAAAACAAGUAUUUUUAACAUGUAUGAGUAUGUUUUUUCUUGCAAAAUUACAGCUAUUAUUACAGUUGUAACUUAAAACUGUCAAUUUUUGGAUAGUGCCAAUUUUAUUUUUUAUGUGCGAAUGAAAAUUGUGUGAAGCCGUACACACACUGAAAAAAUACACAAUCGCUUUUAUAUUCAUUCCAUAUAUCACAAAAUUGUGCGGGGAAAACUGCGGUGUAAUUUCACAGUGCGUGAUGACUCUUAAGCGCAAGUAAAAAUUAAAAACUCUCAGGCUGAGAUCUAUAGUGUUUGGUACGCGACAGGUCGAGAUGGCAAUCGAGGUAAGAGGCGGGGGGACGCCCCGAAUCCAUAUCCAGCUCGAUCUGUCGCGUACUUUGGAUUAGAAGAAUAUGAAGACGCAAAUUUUUUUGAGUAGGUUCACUAACGUUUGAGUAAGAUGGACUUAUAAUAAAAACAAGAGCUUUAGUCCAUUUUAUUUCCUAAUAUUACAUGGAUCUUAAAUCAACCAGUUUUACAGCUCUGGGUUCCGAGAGUUUGAAGAAAAAUUUAGUCUCACAGACUUAUCAAAAAGCUAUUAAUAAAACAUAUCUGAUCCAAAGAGGCCUAUUUUCAAAACCUGUCAUACCUAAAACUCUUGACGUGACCACGUCUGUUCGCAGUGGUCCCACCCAUGUCUACUUUAGUCUGUAUGCCUACAUGAUAUUUAUUUCAAUUAUGUUUCGUAAAUCUAACUUAUAAGAAGGAAAUAUUUUUACUUUAUUCACAGACUUAUCAAAAAGCUAUUAAUAAAACAUAUCUGAUCCAAAGAGGCCUAUUUUCAAAACCUGUCAUACCUAAAACUCUUGACGUGACCACGUCUGUUCGCAGUGGUCCCACCCAUGUCUACUUUAGUCUGUAUGCCUACAUGAUAUUUAUUUCAAUUAUGUUUCGUAAAUCUAACUUAUAAGAAGGAAAUCUUUUUACUUUAUUCACAGACUUAUCAAAAAGCUAUUAAUAAAACAUAUCUGAUCCAAAGAGGCCUAUUUUCAAAACCUGUCAUACCUAAAACUCUUGACGUGACCACGUCUGUUCGCAGUGGUCCCACCCAUGUCUACUUUAGUCUGUAUGCCUACAUGAUAUUUAUUUCAAUUAUGUUUCGUAAAUCUAACUUAUAAGAAGGAAAUCUUUUUACUUUAUUCACAGACUUAUCAAAAAGCUAUUAAUAAAACAUAUCUGAUCCAAAGAGGCCUAUUUUCAAAACCUGUCAUACCUAAAACUCUUGACGUGACCACGUCUGUUCGCAGUGGUCCCACCCAUGUCUACUUUAGUCUGUAUGCCUACAUGAUAUUUAUUUCAAUUAUGUUUCGUAAAUCUAACUUAUAAGAAGGAAAUCUUUUUACUUUACUAAUAAUUAUUUUCUUCACAAAGUUUGAAGAAAAUAGUACAGGUAUUUAAUCUAGUUUACAGUGUUCAAUGUUGGCAUUUACUAAAGUUAAGACUCUUAAAAAUUUUAGAUGUAACAAUUUUAAAUGGAAAUAUGCGCGUUUUUUUACCGCGCUGAUUAAAAUUUUUGUAAUUUUAGUUGACUGUCUACAGAUCGCUAUGCCUUUGUAAGCAUAUUUUAUUAUUGUGCCCCUCCAUUUUUAUCAAUUGAUGUAAACAUCAAAAAAGAUGAUUUGGGCUGGUCGUACGAAACGUCGCAUUGUCAUCUCAAAAAAAAAUCAGGUAGGUAGUCAAAAAAAUUUUUUUUGCGGCAAUUUUGAGUUCAGUUUGUCGAUGACUCGUGAUAGAUAGAUCACACAGGUUCUUUGUGACUUUGCGAACUGCUAAGACUUAUUCGCUAUUAGAUAGUUUAAAAAAAAUAUUGUUGUAUUGUGAUUAACUUGUGGACCAAUUUAAUAUAACUAGGUAAUUGUCAUAUUAAUUACAUGACAGUAGUUUUAAAAAUAAUUGUCUACUUUUAGCAUAUACAGUAGUAAUAAACAGAUAAUUGAUAAACGAUACUGCAUUUAGCAUAAAAAAGUUGAGCUAUUUUAGUUUUUGUAGGAUUUCGGAUUUUAAACGAAGCGAGGUAAUGUUUAUUUUGAAAUACCACUUCUUAGCGCCUAUUUUCAUGUUUGUUAGUAAAUUAUUAUUAUUAUUUUGAGAUAUAAGGUAUGUUUUUAAUAUUGAUAAGUAAUUUUUAAUUUAAUUUAAUAUAAAAUCCAUAUUUUGCUCCACUUUUGCGAUUGGAGCUAGGGACCUAUAAUAAUAUAUAGAUUUAAAAAUAA